AUGCUAGAUAAUGGGAUAGCUAGACCUUCUGAAAGUUCUUGGUCUUCGCCACUCCAUUUAGUUCCAAAAAAAGAUAAUGGUUGGCGUCCUUGCGGGGACUACAGAAUGCUUAACGCUCGAACAGUGCCCGACAGAUAUCCGAUCAGGCACAUUCAGGACUUUGCACAUAGUAUAUCUGGUUGCAAAAUUUUUAGUACAUUGGACUUAGUCAAGGCUUACAAUCAAAUACCAGUUAGUCCUGAAGAUGUACCAAAAACUGCAAUAACAACGCUUUUUGGACUCUUUGAGUUCCCAUUCAUGGGUUACGGUUUACAGAAUGCUGCACAAACGUUCCAGAGGUUUGUGGAUGAAAUGACAAGGGGGCUCGACUUCUGCUAUUGUUAUUUGGAUGAUUUUUUAGUUUUUUCAAAGGACGAGGCACAACAUGAACAGCAUUUGCGCGCAAUUUUUCAAAAACUAAAAGAAUAUGGUAUGCUAAUUAAUACGUCUAAGUGUGUUUUUGGUGCUCGAGAAGUAUCCUUUUUGGGAUAUCACAUCUCGGCAUCAGGCACCAAACCACUAGACACUAAAGUUGAAGCCAUAAAAAACUUCCCAUUGCCCACCAAUGUUCGUCAACUUCGACGAUUUCUGGGCAUGGUCAAUUUUUAUAGGCGAUUUUUACCACGUGCUGCAGAAAUACAAGCACCGCUUAACGCCUUGUUGGCAGGCGUAAUAAAGAAUAACCAGCCUAUUACAUUAUCUGGUGAGUCUUUAAAUGCAUUUAAAACAUGCAAAGAAAGCCUUUCUGAGGCAGCGUUAUUAGCACAUCCAGAUUGCCAAGCAAAAUUGGCUUUAGUCACUGAUGCGUCGGAUAAGGCAAUUGGAGCUGUUCUACAGCAGUUAAAAGAAGACGUAUGGCAGCCGCUAGCAUUGUUCUCCCGAAAGCUGAACACUUCUCAGGCAAAAUAUUCCCCUUACGACAGGGAGCUCCUAGCAAUUUAUGAGGCUAUUAAAUAUUUUCGCUACAUGUUAGAAGCAAGACAUUUCACAGUAUAUACUGACCACAAGCCAAUCAGUUUCGCAUUUCAUGCAAGGAAAUCCAACUGUUCGCCUAGGCAGUAUAGGCACUUAGAUUAUAUAGCCCAGUUUACAACAGAUAUCAGACAUAUUUCCGGUAAGGACAACGUUGUUGCCGAUACACUUUCGCGCGUAGAGGCAUUAGAGGCCCCUAUUGACUUAGAAGCAUUAGCUAAAAGCCAAGCUUCUGACCCUGAGCUUGAAAAGCUCAUAAAAGAAGGCUCGUCACUACGCCUAGAACAACUUACUGUACCCGGGAGUCGAACCCCAUUGUACUGCGACGUCAGUACACCGACUGCCCGGCCAUUUGUAACCAAGUUUUUCCGAAAACAAGUUUUUAACACUUUACAUUCGCUCAGUCAUCCAGGCGUUAACGCAACCGCCAAGUUAGUAGCAGAACGUUUCGUGUGGCCGAAAGUUAAAAAAGACUGUCGAGAAUGGUCAAAAACGUGUUUACCAUGCAUGUUAGCUCACCUAUAG